AUUUUUUCAAAAGAUGCAACUGUUUUGAUUUCGGUCAGUAAUAUGAAAGUGAUGACGGCUAGUAAAGUGAUUGCGGCUGUUCAAGGUGCACUGGGAGAAGAUUCUAUUUUGUCCUGUGUCCCUAAAAAUGGUGAUGUGUAUGAAGUAUCAUUGAUUGACAUUGAGUCUGCAAGAGCCAUAGUCGAUAAAGAAUUGAAGAUUGAUAAUCAGCCAAUUUUUGUUCGUCACCUGUCCUCAAAGGUAAAAGUUGUUUCCUUCAUGCACCUGUCAGGACUAAUCACUGAUGAACAAAUUGAAUCAAAGUUAAAGCUAUGGCGAGUUGAGCUUCUUGGUCCUAUCAAACGUCGUCGCUAUGAAAAUACCGAUGUCUUUGAUGGCACAAGGUUUAUGAGGGUUAGAUUUCCACCAGAUGUUUCCUCUCUACCGUAUUCUGUUGGCUUCCAAAUUGAAUCUGGAGUAGAAUAUUACAGCGUUCGUCAUGAUCACCAAGAAAAGGUAUGCUUUAGCUGCCUGUCCCCCGGUCAUCUCAAUUCAGCUUGUCCUGAUAGAAUUUGCCGUAGUUGUAACAAAAGAGGUCAUAUUCAACGAAAUUGUCCUGAUACCAUCAAGGAGGAUUGU